AUGUCUGUAUUAUUGAAAGAUCUUAACGAUUAUAUUGCUCCUUCCCAAGCUUGCAUAAAACCUGUUGAAGUUAAUAAAACCGCGACGGAAAGUAGUAACGUGAUCAAAAUAGAUGAUUCCGGCGGCUAUUACGAAGUCUUUCAAGAUGGUGUCGAGACGAAACUUGAGACCGCGAGAAUUACCCUGGAUGACUGCUUGGCUUGCAGUGUCCUAAUCACGACGCAAACUCAUGAAGAGCUAUACAACGUACUGAAAAGUAAUAAGCAAGCCGUACGAGAAGGAAGAGUUGAUAAUGUGAAGACUGUGGUAGUUUCGAUCGCUCCUCAAUCCCGAGCCUCUAUCGCCGCCAUGUAUAAGCUAUCACCAUUGCAGGUAGCUCGACGCUUAACUCACUUCUUUCGGUCACUUGGUGUCGAUUAUGUGUUUGACACGUCAUUUUCGCGGGACUUUUCGUUACUCGAAAGCGCGCGAGAGUUUGUGCAACGAUACCGAGGAUUCCAAGAAAGGCAGCGUCAAAAAUUAUCGCUGAAUGAUGAUAAAUCGAAAGGUUUGGACGACCCGAGCUUACCGAUGUUGGCCUCGUCUUGUCCAGGAUGGAUAUGCUACGCCGAAAAAACCCAUGGAUCCGUGUUGCCAUACAUAAGUCAGACAAAGUCACCACAACAGAUUAUGGGUUCGAUUGUCAAAGAUUAUUUCGCAAAGAAAAUUGGAGUCACACCAAAUAAUAUUUAUCACGUUGGAAUUAUGAUGUGUUAUGACAAGAAGCUGGAGGCAUCAAGAUCAGAUUUUUUCGAUGAAAAAUAUCAAACUCGAGAUGUCGAUUGCGUGAUAACAACAGUCGAAGUGGUCAAGAUGUUUGGGGAACAAAAUUACGACAUCAAAGAGAGCCCCGAGUUACCUCUACACUCACUAACAAAGACUACUCAAGAAGGACAGUUACUGGGGUCCGCGGGGUCGGCAUCAGGGGGGUUCUUGGAGUUCAUUCUCGAAUACUCGGCACGUGAAUUGUUUGGAAUGACCGGAAUUGAUGUUGACGGUGAAAAGGGAGUAGUGGUCAAAACCGGUCGUAAUAAAGAUUUCAAGGAAACGACACUCGAAGUCGAAGGGAAACCCCUAUUGAAAUUUGCUUCGGCGUAUGGUUUUCGAAGUAUACAGAAUAUUAUCCGAAAGAUGAAAGGUGGAAACAUACAAUAUCACUAUGUGGAAGUGAUGGCCUGUCCUUCUGGUUGUAUAAAUGGAGGUGGCCAAUUAAGACCGGACGGAACGGUUCCAAUAAAGGAUUGGAUCGCCAAGGUGAAUGACGUUUACCGAUCUGUAGAUUCUUCUUCGCCCGAACAAAAUGAGACUGUGCAGAAUCUUUACAGGUAA